UCUUCUCUUUUCCUCAUUAUCCCAUCAUCUAAAUAAAACUUCCUCUCCCACCACCAAAAUGUCAGAUUCAGAUAACGAGAUAUCUAAUGGGGGAAGGCUUUUUGGACGUGAAAGACCCAUACAUCAAGUUCUUGGAGGAGGAAAAGUGGCAGAUGUGCUAUUGUGGAAGGAGAGGAAUAUCUCAGCUGCACUUUUGGUGGGAAUGACAGUAAUAUGGUUUCUGUUUGAAGUUGUUGAGUAUAACUUUGUGACACUCCUUUGUCACAUCUUCAUCACCACUAUGCUUGUGUUCUAUAUAUGGUCUACUUGUGCAGCACACUUUCACUGGACUCGACCGCAAAUUCCAAAGGUUGUAUUAGAUGACUCUGCAUUUGGAAAAGCGGCUUCAACCUUCCACAAAAGAUUUAACGAGUCGCUGCCAAAGUUCCUUGAAAUUGCAUGUGGAAAUGAUCUCCCACUUUUCUUCUUGGCAAUUAUAUCUCUCUAUGUUGUGUCGGUGAUUGGAAACUAUUUCAGCUUCUUAAAUUUCCUGUAUUUUGGCUUUGUCUGUAUGGGAACACUACCAUUUCUUUAUGAUCGAUAUGAAGAUGAAGUUGAUCGUUUUGCUGUUAGAUUAAUUCGGGAGAUAAAGAGAACAUACAGAAAAUUGGACUCUAACUUCCUCAACAAGAUUCCACGAGGCCCAGUUAAUGAGAAAAAAUACAGAUGAAAAGUUCAAGAGGAUACAUGCAUGCAUGGACUAUGAUGCAGUUGUACUAAUAGAAUUGUCCUACCCGAUCAGUUUCACAUGUAAAUUACAGCGUGCUAUGCAUAUGUAACAUGUAUGUGUAUGUGUGUACCUUUCCGACUGUAUUAUAGAUAAUAUUAUUGUAUAGAACUCGAAAAUGAUUACAUGUAUAAAGCAUUAAUAAAACAAUGAAAUUAAAUUGGUUUUUCUUUUGAA